AUGCCACCGAAGAAGAAGGCCAAGGGCAAGAAGAGCAAGGCUAGCUCUGGUGGAGGUGAUGCAGCCGACACUGCCGUCGAAGUAGCCUCUAUGUUUGAUAAUGCUCCUCCCAUUGUCAUCGAGGCCGACCCAGUACACUACGUGACGCUCGAUAUGCGGCUACUCAACUGGAGCUACCUUAAUUUCAAGUUCCGCACAAAGACCUCCACACGGUUGUUCGCCAUCAAGCAACAAAUUCAAAUGCAGCAUGGCCCGAUCAUGGACCUCAAGAUCUGCAGAGGACACUUCUCCGAGGCCAAUGAGUUAAGACACGACAUGAUGACUUUGGCAGAGUAUGGAAUUGAAGGUGCGCCCGAAGGCGAGCCCGAAGUGGUUUGCUUGAUACACUAUGACUUCAAACCAGAGCAGCACGAUAAUCCACUGCUUCUCGCCACAGAGAAGAACUGA